AUGGCGUCCAACGGAGUUUCACUUGGAGACGCCGAUACAAAAACGAGCUUGGAGAAGAUCAAGAGGCAGCUGGCAUCGAGCUCCGGUAGAAAUUUUGGCCUCUCCUCAAGCGAUCCGAGACGGUUAUUAUUCCAUGCUCCUGGUCUGAGAAAGUGGAACGAGAGAUGGGUAAUUUUGGACCCAACAACUGGGAAAAUGGAGUACAAGAUCAGGAGAAAUGAACCGACAGUCAAAGGAACCAUGGUAUUUGAUGCAAACAGCACCAUAACAAUUUCCCCUGUGAAUUUUCAGGGGCUGCCCAAGUACCAUGGCUGUUGUUUCUAUAUUGGGACACCACAGAGAAAAGAUUAUUUCCUUUGUGCAGAGACUCCUGUUGCUGCUAAAGCUUGGGUAUCUACUCUACACGCCACACAACUGGUUCUGAAGGCUCAUAAAGAAGCAGUGAACACCUUAAGUGGAACUGGGUCCACGAAGUUAGGAACAGUUGCCACUGUUGUUGCUGCAGCCAAUUCGACAGCCUUGGAAGCUUCCAAAGAAAUUGAAGCUGCAAUGCAAAUUUCUAUGAGGAAUGCCUUGGGAGCUAUGUUGACUAAGACACCAGAAUUUCCUUUGGAUGAUUUAUCCAUCAUGAAGGAAACCCUGAGAGUGAAAGAUGAUGAGCUGCAAAAUUUGGCGAGGGACAUUCGAGCGAGAGAUUCAACAAUAAAGGAAAUUGCUGAAAAACUAACUGAAACUGCUGAAGCAGCAUCCGCUGCUCAUACUAUGGACGAGCAAAGGAGAAUUGCUUCUCUUCAAGAGGCUCAUUUACGGCGUUCGGAGCUUGCAAAAGCUAGAGAACGUGCAGUGAUAUUGGAAGGAGCUGUCGUCCGAGCUGAAGAGAAGGUCCGGGUUACGGAGGUUGAUGCCGAAGCUAGAAUAAAGGAAGCCAUAGAGAAAGAAUCUGCUGCUGCCAAGGAAAAACAGGAACUGCAUGCAAAUGUAAAGUUGUUGCAAGAGCAACUCAAACAGCAGCAAGUUGAGACCAUGCAAGUUUAUACCGAGAAAACCAAGCCUUGUCCUGGCGUGGAUGGCGAUUUAACACUAACAAAGCACAUGGACCCAUCUCAAGAAAACGUGGAUAAAGCAUGCACGAGCAUCUCUAGGGCCACGACCGAGGCCCGGAUAGCCGAUGUUCGGGAGGUGGGGCCCGAUGCGGAUAGAAUGAGUGUCGACAUCUCUGUGGUCAACUUCCCAAUCAACGGCCAUCAGGACCACCGUGGAUCUUCUGAUCAACCUUAG